AUGAAGAGUUUUCCUGCCGAGCUUCUGACACUCGUUGGCGACGAAGUCGCCGCACCCGAAAAUCCAACCGCGAUUCGCGAUUUGAAGAGUCUUCGUCAAGUGAACCGAUUAUGCGCAUCCAUCACGACAUCCCUGCUCUUCAGGAAUAUUAUUGUGCUUAUCGACACAAAGGGCCUGCAGGGUCUCGUCUGUAUUGCUGAACAUCAACAGCUAUCUCAAUACGUUCACAAGCUAGCCUUGAAACCGAUAGACAACCACGCCGCAGACGGCUUGGCCGACCGCGUCGAAGCGCGUGAGGGCGGCGAAAUAGGAAGACUUAGACCAAGAAAGCCCAACAAACAACAAUUACCUCUUGACAACACGUCCAAGCUAAUGAAAGCCAUCCCCCGUCUGGAGAAGCUUCAACAUCUUGAAAUCCUUUUCGCUUCCAGACGACUCCUAAGUGCAGCUUACGGCGUCGUAACCCUUCGAAACCCUACGCACAGUGCCGACGCUCUGAUCUCCUUAGUGUUAGAGGCGUUGAGUCAUAGCACGAUCGAAUUGAAAUCCCUACGCAUCAUCCCAGACGGAGACGGAGAAUCUCUGUCACGAAUGGUAGAGAACGCGGGAACAGGAGGGCUAGAUUAUGAUGUCGGUAUUGAUCAGCAGCUUGCUCCAUUGUCUAAGGAUCAUAAGGGCCAAUUUUGGCUGCCUGGUAGGAAAAGAGUCGAAUUGGCCUUUCCUCCUUCGACACUGCAAGAAUUGGCGAUCACCCUGCCAGACUGGUACAACGCCCCUGAUUUUGCGGCUUACCAAAUCGUCAAAAAUAUAGGGAAGAUGAUUCAGAACAGUUCAGACGACAUAGUGACGCUUGGAAUCCGGAAAUGGCAACCUAAUACCAGCGAUUCAUAUUUCUUGAUGGAUCGCUUUGAGAAAGAAAAUAUAGUCUUACCCCACUUGAAGAACUUUUACCUCUACAACUUUAAGAUAAAACGGUAUGAACAGCUCGUCAAAUUCCUAGGCCAGCAUUCUCAAUCUCUUGAGGCGAUCCACUUCUGUUCGGUGAUUGUCAGGUAUUUACCUUAUGACAACGCCGAUGACUGGACGAUACCACUUGAUUCUCUGAGACAAUUCGACUGGCAGCGACUACGAAACUUCCAAAUCUCGACACGCAGUCCAAACCGCUCACUUCAUGUUGCAGGCUACCUCAAAAAGGAGUGCGAACACUACAUCACAUACUACUCUGCUGAAGACCUCGGGCUCCGCUGGAGCCGGGGACACAUCUUCAUGAGUUCAUUCUUCUCAAAUCCAAUCAAUCAAGAAGUCGCUGACACGGCAACCGAUACUUUGAGUCCUCCGGCAGCUUCAGUGGCGUCAGAUAUGGAUCGUAUCCCGCCAGAGAUCUUGCAACUCAUUGUCGAGAAUAUCAAACCUGAGGAUGAGGAGCGGGCAGUCAUUGACGACUUCGAAUACCAGUAUCGUCUAGCUCAUCUUCGUCUUGUCAACAAAACCUUUGCAGAUUUGAUAGCGCCCCUACUAUUCCAUACAAUCCCUCUUUGGAUUGGGGGGAAAAGCUUGCUGAACUUGUCAGCUCUAUCAGAACAUCCCACAAUCUCGACUUACGUUAAAACCAUUCGUCUCUCAAAUCUCCAGGUCAGUAUAAAGGUCGGCCUUGGCAACAUGCAGUACCUUGGCUCCAGGGCCAAAGAUUUGGACGGAAGGUCCAUUCUCUACGCAGAGACUUCCGCGAAGUCCGCCCUGGUGCAGGUGUUUAUGCGUCUUCCUAAUUUCCAACAUCUUGAAUUAACACUCUCAAACCCAUGGAUUGGCGCAAAGCGACUGAAUCAGGAAUCCGGCCGAAUAAAAUCCGAGAACAUAAGCUUCCAAGGCUCAAAACCCUUCAGGCUUGCACUUGAAGCUCUUACCGAAUCGCAAAAGCUUCUCACGAGCUUACGUAUCUUUGAAGAUGAAACCAUGCGGGAUCCUGAGGAAAGCCGUAACGAUGAUCAAGAAGCUUUCCUCGCCUGUUUCGAACGUUGUCUGAUCAAUGAGACUGAACGUACACUUACGCUCUCGAUAAUCGCCGAAGCCCUUCAUAACAUGAAGUGGUCGUCUCGCACUUGGGCUGCUCUCCGGGAAUUGGAAAUUCAUCUAGAAAUGAAUGCGAAGCUUCUGGAAAUUAACGGUGAUCAUCGUAAAAGAACCCACAGAUUGAAACAGUGGAGGAUUAUGGUCAAGGCUCUACAUAAUCUUCGGAAGAUCGUCCUAGAUUUAGGAACGAGAGGUUCCAUGAGGGGUUAUGUGACUGAUUAUCUACCACAAGCUACUGUCCCAAAGCUCAUCGACCUCAGGAUAUCCAAUUCUUGUUUCAGGAACCCGCAGGAGGCGGUGGACUUUUUUCGACCUCGCUGCAAGCGACUGGAACGUGUUGCGCUUUUCAAGGUGGAUUGGAACCAUGGAGAGCAUGUGCAGCUAGUGCUCAAUAUUCAAUACAUGCAGCGAUUCGUUUGGAGAAGUUUAAAGCGAUUUGAUUGGAGUGCGGGUCUUGGAAGCCCAAAUAUUGACAUCGGGCCAUUUUUGAGACAAGAGACGGACGAGUUUCCAUUAGCAGAAUGA